GCUGACCAACAGUUAGCCAUGGAUGUGUUCAGGUUUCUGAUUCUGCUCUUGUGGAUGUGUGGAGGUCAGGCAGAGUACAGCCUGCAGAAAACACAAAGAGAUGCAGCAGUACUGACUUCCUGUGACUUCAACCAGGACAGUGAACCAUUCUGCAGGUUCACUCAGGACAACACUGACAGGGGGGACUGGACCCGACACAGAGGAUCAACCCCGACACCCGGUACUGGACCCAGUGGAGACUACCCUGAUGGAGCGGGCUUCUAUAUCUACCACGAGGCUGACAAUGUGGCUAAUGGACAGACAUCGCGUCUGCUCAGCCCUCCCCUCUCAUCUGCAGCCUCUCAGAUCUGUGUCCAGUUCCGAUACUACAUGUAUGGAUCAGACAAUCAGAAUGUGUUGAGGGUUCUGGCCAAAAGGCCCGGCAGUGACGACGAGGUGUGGAAGAAGAUAGGUAUCCAGAGUCCAUCCUGGCUGAAGGGUUCCAUCACCGUGUCCAAACAGAGCGCUCAGGACAUCGCUAUUGUGUUUGAGGCCCAGAGAGGCUUCAGUUCUUCCUGCGACACAGCUUUGGACAACAUCGUCAUCAGUGAGGGAGCGUGUCCCGCUUGUGUGUCUGGCUGUGAUUUUGACACUGCGGGUGAGCUGUGCGGCUGGACGAGUAUAACUGAGAAUAUAUUCGGCUUUGAACAGUGGACUGGGCCAACUGAAACUGAAGGCACCGGGCCUAACGAUGACUUCUCCAAACCUGGAUUGGGCAGUUACAUGUUGAUGGAUUCUGUCGAGGCUAUCCCUGGAGACACGUCUGAGAUCAGAAGUCCUCUAAUAACACCCUCCUCUGGAUGUCUGGACCUCACCUUCCACUAUUACUUGUACGGAACCAGCACCACUAUGGGACUCAGCGUCCACACCAUCACCACAGGUGGAAGCCUCGGACCUGCUCUGUUCACUGUCAAGGGCAACCAGGGUCAAGGCUGGAAGCCGGCAGACGUCCGGUACUUGGGAGCUGCUCCCAUUCAGUUUGUGAUUGUCGGUACCUUUGGAGAAACUCCUCAAACUGAUAUUGCUGUUGAUGCCGUGUGUGUCACAACCUGCAAAGCUGAGCCAACAACUCCUCGACCACCAGUAACACUGCAGUGCCCAACCACACCUAAACCUCCCACCCCGGGCCCUACUACACCUAAACCACCAACCCCGAGCCCAACUACACCUAAACCACCAACCCCGGGCCCAACUACACCUAAACCACCCACUCCAGGCCCAACUACACCUAAACCACCAACCCCAGGCCCAACUACACCUAAACCACCAACCCCAGGCCCAACUACACCUAAACCACCCACUCCAGGCCCAACUACACCUAAACCACCAACCCCAGGCCAGACUACACCUGAACCACCAACCCCGGGUCCAACUACACCAAAACCACCUACCCCACGCCCAACCACACCAAAACCAUCCACUCCAGGCCCAACUACACCCAAACCCACAACUCCUAGGCCAACUACUCCUGGACCAACAACACCAAAGCCACCAAAACCUUGCCCUCCCGAUUCAGAGUAUAUAGAAUGUGGUCCAGCUUGUAUCCCCACCUGUAUGGAGCCUUCUACCAACUGCUCUGGCUCCUGCAUCAGUGGCUGCUUCUGCAAACCAGGUUUUGUCUUCAAGGGACGGCACUGUGUCCCAUUGGAGAAAUGUGGCUGUCUGGAUGACCACAAUAACUAUUAUGAGCCUGGCGAGAUUAUAUUUGGAGAUGGCUGCUCAAAGCUAUGUCGCUGUGCUGGGAACUACACUUUGGAAUGUGUUGACAACUCAUGUGACCCCACAGAAGAAUGUCGCGAUGUUAAUGGUGUUGCAGGUUGCUAUCCUAAAGAUACGUCCACGUGCAUAGCGAGUGGUGAUCCCCACUACACGACUUUUGACAAACGCAACUACAACUUCAUGGGCAAUUGUAGCUACUUGAUGUCUCGACCCUGCAAUGAAACAACUCUUCCACACUUUGAGGUCCAUGCGGACAAUGAAAAUCGGUUUAACCGUCCCACCAUCUCCUAUGUGAAAGCCGUGCAUGUAUAUGUUCACACGGUGAAGAUCUCCAUUCUCAAAGGGGGAACUGUUCAGGUGAAUGGGACUAAUGUAAACCUGCCAAUUACGCCGGCCUCUGGGGUCUCUGUGUUCAAGUCGGGAAAGCACUACACUGUGUCCAUGGACUUUGGUGUGACAGUUCGUUAUGAUGGAAACCACUUCAUGGACAUCAAAGUGAUCAAAGACUACAAGAACAAAUUGUGUGGACUGUGUGGAGAUUACGAUGGAUACGCGGAAGAUGACUUCCGUAAACCAGAUGGAUCAUUGACCAACAGUGCUAAUGACUUUGGACACAGCUGGAACACUGAUCCCGAGUGUAACAAGCAACCCAACACCACCAUCCCCGAGUGUGAGGAAGGAGAGCAGGAACUGUAUGAGAGCUCUGGAUACUGUGGCAUCCUGCUGGACAAAAAGGGUCCCUUCGCUGUGUGCCACCCCAAAGUCAACCCAAAUUUUAAAUUCCUUUUGGCAGCUCCAAAAUGCCCCCCCAACAGCCACUACGAGGCCUGUGCAGACCCGUGUCAGGAGACAUGCAGCGGGAAACCCCCUUCCUGCGGCGGGCCCUGCUCCGAGUCCUGUGUGUGUGAUCCAGGCUACGUCUUGAGCGCCGGCAAGUGCGUCAAGAAGACUUCAUGUGGCUGCAAACACGUCAAUGGCCAGUACUAUGAGCCUGGCGACGAGUUCUACGCGGAGGACUGUCGGCUGAAGUGCAGGUGUAAUGCUCCCUUCGUCACCUGCAAAGCUACAGAAUGUCCCCCAAUGCAAGAGUGUAAAAACCAGGACGGAGAGCUGGGCUGCUACCCCACAGGCCCAACCACACCAAAACCAUCCACUCCCGGCCCAACUACACCCAAACCCACAACUCCUAGGCCAACUACUCCUGGACCAACAACACCAAAGCCACCAAAACCCUGCCCUCCCGAUUCAGAGUAUAUAGAAUGUGGUCCAGCUUGUAUCCCCACCUGUAUGGAGCCUUCUACCAACUGCUCUGGCUCCUGCAUCAGUGGCUGCUUCUGCAAACCAGGUUUUGUCUUCAAGGGACGGCACUGUGUCCCAUUGGAGAAAUGUGGCUGUCUGGAUGACCACAAUAACUAUUAUGAGCCUGGCGAGAUUAUAUUUGGAGAUGGCUGCUCAAAGCUAUGUCGCUGUGCUGGGAACUACACUUUGGAAUGUGUUGACAACUCAUGUGACCCCACAGAAGAAUGUCGCGAUGUUAAUGGUGUUGCAGGUUGCUAUCCUAAAGAUACGUCCACGUGCAUAGCGAGUGGUGAUCCCCACUACACGACUUUUGACAAACGCAACUACAACUUCAUGGGCAAUUGUAGCUACUUGAUGUCUCGACCCUGCAAUGAAACAACUCUUCCACACUUUGAGGUCCAUGCGGACAAUGAAAAUCGGUUUAACCGUCCCACCAUCUCCUAUGUGAAGGCCGUGCAUGUAUAUGUUCACACGGUGAAGAUCUCCAUUCUCAAAGGGGGAACUGUGCAGGUGAAUGGGACUAAUGUAAACCUGCCAAUUACGCCGGCCUCUGGGGUCUCUGUGUUCAAGUCGGGAAAGCACUACACUGUGUCCAUGGACUUUGGUGUGACAGUUCGUUAUGAUGGAAACCACUUCAUGGACAUCAAAGUGAUCAAAGACUACAAGAACAAAUUGUGUGGACUGUGUGGAGAUUACGAUGGAUACGCGGAAGAUGACUUCCGUAAACCAGAUGGAUCAUUGACCAACAGUGCUAAUGACUUUGGACACAGCUGGAACACUGAUCCCGAGUGUAACAAGCAACCCAACACCACCAUCCCCGAGUGUGAGGAAGGAGAGCAGGAACUGUAUGAGAGCUCUGGAUACUGUGGCAUCCUGCUGGACAAAAAGGGUCCCUUCGCUGUGUGCCACCCCAAAGUCAACCCAAAUGUAAGUCGCACAAACACACAGCUAUACACUCCAAAAUGCCCCCCCAACAGCCACUACGAGGCCUGUGCAGACCCGUGUCAGGAGACAUGCAGCGGGAAACCUCCUUCCUGCGGCGGGCCCUGCUCCGAGUCCUGUGUGUGUGAUCCAGGCUACGUCUUGAGCGCCGGCAAGUGCGUCAAGAAGACUUCAUGUGGCUGCACACACGUCAAUGGCCAGUACUACGAGCCUGGCGACGAGUUCUACGCGGAGGACUGUAGGCUGAAGUGCAGGUGUAAUGCUCCCUUCGUCACCUGCAAAGCUACGGAAUGUCCCCCAAUGCAAGAGUGUAAAAACCAGGACGGAGAGCUGGGCUGCUACCCCACAGGCCCAACCACACCAAAACCAUCCACUCCCGGCCCAACUACACCCAAACCCACAACUCCUAGGCCAACUACUCCUGGACCAACAACACCAAAGCCACCAAAACCCUGCCCUCCCGAUUCAGAGUAUAUAGAAUGUGGUCCAGCUUGUAUCCCCACCUGUAUGGAGCCUUCUACCAACUGCUCUGGCUCCUGCAUCAGUGGCUGCUUCUGCAAACCAGGUUUUGUCUUCAAGGGACGGCACUGUGUCCCAUUGGAGAAAUGUGGCUGUCUGGAUGACCACAAUAACUAUUAUGAGCCUGGCGAGAUUAUAUUUGGAGAUGGCUGCUCAAAGCUAUGUCGCUGUGCUGGGAACUACACUUUGGAAUGUGUUGACAACUCAUGUGACCCCACAGAAGAAUGUCGCGAUGUUAAUGGUGUUGCAGGUUGCUAUCCUAAAGAUACGUCCACGUGCAUAGCGAGUGGUGAUCCCCACUACACGACUUUUGACAAACGCAACUACAACUUCAUGGGCAAUUGUAGCUACUUGAUGUCUCGACCCUGCAAUGAAACAACUCUUCCACACUUUGAGGUCCAUGCGGACAAUGAAAAUCGGUUUAACCGUCCCACCAUCUCCUAUGUGAAGGCCGUGCAUGUAUAUGUUCACACGGUGAAGAUCUCCAUUCUCAAAGGGGGAACUGUGCAGGUGAAUGGGACUAAUGUAAACCUGCCAAUUACGCCGGCCUCUGGGGUCUCUGUGUUCAAGUCGGGAAAGCACUACACUGUGUCCAUGGACUUUGGUGUGACAGUUCGUUAUGAUGGAAACCACUUCAUGGACAUCAAAGUGAUCAAAGACUACAAGAACAAAUUGUGUGGACUGUGUGGAGAUUACGAUGGAUACGCGGAAGAUGACUUCCGUAAACCAGAUGGAUCAUUGACCAACAGUGCUAAUGACUUUGGACACAGCUGGAACACUGAUCCCGAGUGUAACAAGCAACCCAACACCACCAUCCCCGAGUGUGAGGAAGGAGAGCAGGAACUGUAUGAGAGCUCUGGAUACUGUGGCAUCCUGCUGGACAAAAAGGGUCCCUUCGCUGUGUGCCACCCCAAAGUCAACCCAAAUAAUUACUUUAAGGACUGUAUCUUUGACCUGUGUGAGCUGGAUGGAGCCAAGCCCAUUCUGUGUGAAGCCAUAGAGGCCUAUGUUAAUGAAUGUCAGGACCGUGGCGUGAACAUUGGACCAUGGAGGAAUGAAACAUUUUGCUCUCCAAAAUGCCCCCCCAACAGCCACUACGAGGCCUGUGCAGACCCGUGUCAGGAGACAUGCAGCGGGAAACCUCCUUCCUGCGGCGGGCCCUGCUCCGAGUCCUGUGUGUGUGAUCCAGGCUACGUCUUGAGCGCCGGCAAGUGCGUCAAGAAGACUUCAUGUGGCUGCACACACGUCAAUGGCCAGUACUACGAGCCUGGCGACGAGUUCUACGCGGAGGACUGUAGGCUGAAGUGCAGGUGUAAUGCUCCCUUCGUCACCUGCAAAGCUACGGAAUGUCCCCCAAUGCAAGAGUGUAAAAACCAGGACGGAGAGCUGGGCUGCUACCCCACAGAACCUUGCCCUCCCGAUUCAGAGUAUAUAGAAUGUGGUCCAGCUUGUAUCCCCACCUGUAUGGAGCCUUCUACCAACUGCUCUGGCUCCUGCAUCAGUGGCUGCUUCUGCAAACCAGGUUUUGUCUUCAAGGGACGGCACUGUGUCCCAUUGGAGAAAUGUGGCUGUCUGGAUGACCACAAUAACUAUUAUGAGCCUGGCGAGAUUAUAUUUGGAGAUGGCUGCUCAAAGCUAUGUCGCUGUGCUGGGAACUACACUUUGGAAUGUGUUGACAACUCAUGUGACCCCACAGAAGAAUGUCGCGAUGUUAAUGGUGUUGCAGGUUGCUAUCCUAAAGAUACGUCCACGUGCAUAGCGAGUGGUGAUCCCCACUACACGACUUUUGACAAACGCAACUACAACUUCAUGGGCAAUUGUAGCUACUUGAUGUCUCGACCCUGCAAUGAAACAACUCUUCCACACUUUGAGGUCCAUGCGGACAAUGAAAAUCGGUUUAACCGUCCCACCAUCUCCUAUGUGAAGGCCGUGCAUGUAUAUGUUCACACGGUGAAGAUCUCCAUUCUCAAAGGGGGAACUGUGCAGGUGAAUGGGACUAAUGUAAACCUGCCAAUUACGCCGGCCUCUGGGGUCUCUGUGUUCAAGUCGGGAAAGCACUACACUGUGUCCAUGGACUUUGGUGUGACAGUUCGUUAUGAUGGAAACCACUUCAUGGACAUCAAAGUGAUCAAAGACUACAAGAACAAAUUGUGUGGACUGUGUGGAGAUUACGAUGGAUACGCGGAAGAUGACUUCCGUAAACCAGAUGGAUCAUUGACCAACAGUGCUAAUGACUUUGGACACAGCUGGAACACUGAUCCCGAGUGUAACAAGCAACCCAACACCACCAUCCCCGAGUGUGAGGAAGGAGAGCAGGAACUGUAUGAGAGCUCUGGAUACUGUGGCAUCCUGCUGGACAAAAAGGGUCCCUUCGCUGUGUGCCACCCCAAAGUCAACCCAAAUAAUUACUUUAAGGACUGUAUCUUUGACCUGUGUGAGCUGGAUGGAGCCAAGCCCAUUCUGUGUGAAGCCAUAGAGGCCUAUGUUAAUGAAUGUCAGGACCGUGGCGUGAACAUUGGACCAUGGAGGAAUGAAACCUUUUGCUCUCCAAAAUGCCCCCCCAACAGCCACUACGAGGCCUGUGCAGACCCGUGUCAGGAGACAUGCAGCGGGAAACCCCCUUCCUGCGGCGGGCCCUGCUCCGAGUCCUGUGUGUGUGAUCCAGGCUACGUCUUGAGCGCCGGCAAGUGCGUCAAGAAGACUUCAUGUGGCUGCAAACACGUCAAUGGCCAGUACUAUGAGUGUAAAACCAGGACGGAAGAGCUGGGCUGCUACCCCACAGGCCCAACCACACCAAAACCAUCCACUCCCGGCCCAACUACACCCAAACCCACAACUCCUAGGCCAACUACUCCUGGACCAACAACACCAAAGCCACCAAAACCCUGCCCUCCCGAUUCAGAGUAUAUAGAAUGUGGUCCAGCUUGUAUCCCCACCUGUAUGGAGCCUUCUACCAACUGCUCUGGCUCCUGCAUCAGUGGCUGCUUCUGCAAACCAGGUUUUGUCUUCAAGGGACGGCACUGUGUCCCAUUGGAGAAAUGUGGCUGUCUGGAUGACCACAAUAACUAUUAUGAGCCUGGCGAGAUUAUAUUUGGAGAUGGCUGCUCAAAGCUAUGUCGCUGUGCUGGGAACUACACUUUGGAAUGUGUUGACAACUCAUGUGACCCCACAGAAGAAUGUCGCGAUGUUAAUGGUGUUGCAGGUUGCUAUCCUAAAGAUACGUCCACGUGCAUAGCGAGUGGUGAUCCCCACUACACGACUUUUGACAAACGCAACUACAACUUCAUGGGCAAUUGUAGCUACUUGAUGUCUCGACCCUGCAAUGAAACAACUCUUCCACACUUUGAGGUCCAUGCGGACAAUGAAAAUCGGUUUAACCGUCCCACCAUCUCCUAUGUGAAGGCCGUGCAUGUAUAUGUUCACACGGUGAAGAUCUCCAUUCUCAAAGGGGGAACUGUGCAGGUAAUAAACGUGGGGGGGGAAAGACAGUGUGCAGCCCGGGCUCCUAAAACUGUGAACAGGACUAAUGUAAACCUGCCAAUUACGCCGGCCUCUGGGGUCUCUGUGUUCAAGUCGGGAAAGCACUACACUGUGUCCAUGGACUUUGGUGUGACAGUUCGUUAUGAUGGAAACCACUUCAUGGACAUCAAAGUGAUCAAAGACUACAAGAACAAAUUGUGUGGACUGUGUGGAGAUUACGAUGGAUACGCGGAAGAUGACUUCCGUAAACCAGAUGGAUCAUUGACCAACAGUGCUAAUGACUUUGGACACAGCUGGAACACUGAUCCCGAGUGUAACAAGCAACCCAACACCACCAUCCCCGAGUGUGAGGAAGGAGAGCAGGAACUGUAUGAGAGCUCUGGAUACUGUGGCAUCCUGCUGGACAAAAAGGGUCCCUUCGCUGUGUGCCACCCCAAAGUCAACCCAAAUAAUUACUUUAAGGACUGUAUCUUUGACCUGUGUGAGCUGGAUGGAGCCAAGCCCAUUCUGUGUGAAGCCAUAGAGGCCUAUGUUAAUGAAUGUCAGGACCGUGGCGUGAACAUUGGACCAUGGAGGAAUGAAACCUUUUGCUCUCCAAAAUGCCCCCCCAACAGCCACUACGAGGCCUGUGCAGACCCGUGUCAGGAGACAUGCAGCGGGAAACCUCCUUCCUGCGGCGGGCCCUGCUCCGAGUCCUGUGUGUGUGAUCCAGGCUACGUCUUGAGCGCCGGCAAGUGCGUCAAGAAGACUUCAUGUGGCUGCACACACGUCAAUGGCCAGUACUACGAGCCUGGCGACGAGUUCUACGCGGAGGACUGUAGGCUGAAGUGCAGGUGUAAUGCUCCCUUCGUCACCUGCAAAGCUACGGAAUGUCCCCCAAUGCAAGAGUGUAAAAACCAGGACGGAGAGCUGGGCUGCUACCCCACAGGCCCAACCACACCAAAACCAUCCACUCCCGGCCCAACUACACCCAAACCCACAACUCCUAGGCCAACUACUCCUGGACCAACAACACCAAAGCCACCAAAACCCUGCCCUCCCGAUUCAGAGUAUAUAGAAUGUGGUCCAGCUUGUAUCCCCACCUGUAUGGAGCCUUCUACCAACUGCUCUGGCUCCUGCAUCAGUGGCUGCUUCUGCAAACCAGGUUUUGUCUUCAAGGGACGGCACUGUGUCCCAUUGGAGAAAUGUGGCUGUCUGGAUGACCACAAUAACUAUUAUGAGCCUGGCGAGAUUAUAUUUGGAGAUGGCUGCUCAAAGCUAUGUCGCUGUGCUGGGAACUACACUUUGGAAUGUGUUGACAACUCAUGUGACCCCACAGAAGAAUGUCGCGAUGUUAAUGGUGUUGCAGGUUGCUAUCCUAAAGAUACGUCCACGUGCAUAGCGAGUGGUGAUCCCCACUACACGACUUUUGACAAACGCAACUACAACUUCAUGGGCAAUUGUAGCUACUUGAUGUCUCGACCCUGCAAUGAAACAACUCUUCCACACUUUGAGGUCCAUGCGGACAAUGAAAAUCGGUUUAACCGUCCCACCAUCUCCUAUGUGAAGGCCGUGCAUGUAUAUGUUCACACGGUGAAGAUCUCCAUUCUCAAAGGGGGAACUGUGCAGGUGAAUGGGACUAAUGUAAACCUGCCAAUUACGCCGGCCUCUGGGGUCUCUGUGUUCAAGUCGGGAAAGCACUACACUGUGUCCAUGGACUUUGGUGUGACAGUUCGUUAUGAUGGAAACCACUUCAUGGACAUCAAAGUGAUCAAAGACUACAAGAACAAAUUGUGUGGACUGUGUGGAGAUUACGAUGGAUACGCGGAAGAUGACUUCCGUAAACCAGAUGGAUCAUUGACCAACAGUGCUAAUGACUUUGGACACAGCUGGAACACUGAUCCCGAGUGUAACAAGCAACCCAACACCACCAUCCCCGAGUGUGAGGAAGGAGAGCAGGAACUGUAUGAGAGCUCUGGAUACUGUGGCAUCCUGCUGGACAAAAAGGGUCCCUUCGCUGUGUGCAUCCAAAGUCAACCCAAUAAUUACUUUAAGGACUGUAUCUUUGACCUGUGUGAGCUGGAUGGAGCCAAGCCCAUUCUGUGUGAAGCCAUAGAGGCCUAUGUUAAUGAAUGUCAGGACCGUGGCGUGAACAUUGGACCAUGGAGGAAUGAAACCUUUUGCUCUCCAAAAUGCCCCCCCAACAGCCACUACGAGGCCUGUGCAGACCCGUGUCAGGAGACAUGCAGCGGGAAACCUCCUUCCUGCGGCGGGCCCUGCUCCGAGUCCUGUGUGUGUGAUCCAGGCUACGUCUUGAGCGCCGGCAAGUGCGUCAAGAAGACUUCAUGUGGCUGCACACACGUCAAUGGCCAGUACUACGAGCCUGGCGACGAGUUCUACGCGGAGGACUGUAGGCUGAAGUGCAGGUGUAAUGCUCCCUUCGUCACCUGCAAAGCUACGGAAUGUCCCCCAAUGCAAGAGUGUAAAAACCAGGACGGAGAGCUGGGCUGCUACCCCACAGGCUCUCAGGACUGCGUGGUGUCUGGAGAUCCACACUACAACACCUUUGACAAGAAGUUUUUCACAUUUAUGGGAACAUGCACCUACACACUAGCCCGAACCUGCAAGAACACCACCGGUCCUUGGUUCUCAGUGGAGGGGAAGAAUGAGGAGAGAGGGGUGCCGGGCAUGUCCUACCUGAGGAAGCUCUACGUCACCGUGGAUGGAAUCACCGUGACCCUGAUGAAGGCCAAGAGGACUCUGGUAAACGGACGGCGAGUGGCCUUCCCCAACUCCCCGUCUCCGCUCAUCUCUCUCAGUCUCGCCGGUCAGUACGUCACCCUGCAGACAUCCUUCGGCCUCCGGGUGCGCUGGGACGGAAGCCAUUACGCCCAGAUCUCAGUCCCCAGCUCCUACUACGACCAGAUGUGCGGCCUGUGCGGCGACUACGACGGAAACCCAGGCAACGACUUCACCAAACCAGAUGGCACCCUGGUGGGAAAUGUCAACGACUUCGGAAACAGCUGGCAAACGAAGGAGGAUGAGGAUGACUCCUGCAGCCCAGGUACCAAGCCCGACCCGGACUGUGACCCCAAGCUUGAAGCAGAGGUGGUGAAACCAGACAAAUGUGGCAAAAUCACAGACCCUGCUGGGCCUUUCAGGGAGUGUAUCAGUGUGGUGGAUCCCACACCGUUCUUCCAGAGCUGCGUCUACGACAUGUGUCAGUUCGGCGGCCAGCAGCGCGUCCUGUGCGACCAGCUCCAGGCCUACACCGAUGCCUGCCAGAGCGCUGGAGCCAAAGUCCACCAGUGGAGGACUCCGGGCUUCUGUUCCCUGGAAUGUCCUCCCAACAGCUCCUACACUCUGUGUGCCAGUUCCUGUCCAGAGACGUGUCUGGGGGUGGUCGCGUCCCCCAGCUGCCAGGACGUGUGCGUGGAGGGUUGCGAGUGCAACCCAGGGUUCAUCCUCAGCAACGACAAGUGUGUGUCGCUGAAGGACUGCGGCUGUGUGGACACCAGCGGGACCUAUCACCCGGUGGGCGAUAACUGGUACCUGGAGGGCUGCGAGCACAAGUGUGACUGUCACAGUGGAGGUUUGAUUCAGUGUCACAACAGCAGCUGUAAACCAACCACGGAGAGCUGCCAGCUAAAGGAUGGAGAAUACGAAUGUCUUCCUUUAGGAAAUGGCAUCUGCUCAGUAUCUGGUGACCCCCACUACACCACCUUUGACAAGCACACCCACCAUUACAUGGGAGCCUGCUCCUACACGCUGUCUAAACCCUGUAACGUCUCCUCCGGCUCGCCGUACUUCAGCGUGGACACGCAGAACGAGCACAGAGGAAGUAGUAAGAAGGUCUCCUACGUCAGGGCCGUGGUCGUCAACGUGAACGGGGUGACCGUCGUCCUCGGCAAAGGCCGCACGGUCCAGGUCAACGGGACCGUGGUCGUCCCCCCGGUCACCUCCAUCGGCGGAGUCAAGAUCUACUUGAGCGGCAAGUUUGUGGUCCUGGAGACGUCCUUCGGCCUGAGGGUCCGUUUUGACGGCAACCACCACGCCGACGUCACCUUGCCGAUUUCCUACAAUGGCCUGCUCUGUGGCAUGUGUGGAAAUUUCAAUGGAAACUCCAAAGAUGACAACUUGAAGCCAGACAACACACCGGCCGCUAACACCAAUGAACUGGGAGACAGCUGGCAGGUCCCUGACCCGAGGCCCGACUGCACCAACGGUGGGGGACAGGAGGACUGUGAUGAAGUCGUGGAGGAGGAGGCCAAGAAGCCCACCAGCUGCGGCAUGAUCACGGAUCCCAACGGUCUCUUUAAGCCUUGUCACGUCGUCGUGCCCCCGGAGCCAUACUUUGGAAACUGCGUGUACGACAUGUGUGCCACUGGAGGGCAGACCGUGGCUCUGUGCCAGGCCAUAGAGAGCUACGCUGACCUGUGUGCUGCUGCAGGAGUGCCCAUCCCAUGGAGGAACUACACCUUCUGUCCUCUGAAGUGCCCCGCAGGCAGCCAUUACGACUCUUGCAGCCCGGCCUGUGCCCAGCCGAGCUGCCAGCAACCCGCAACCCCCGGUGGCUCCUGCGACCUGCCGUGUGUGGAGGGAUGCGUCUGUAGCCCUGGCCUCAUCCUUAGCGGGGACAAGUGUGUCCCGCUCAGCGAGUGUGGAUGCACCGACACAGACGGACUCUACAGACCGGUCGGAGACUCGUGGUUCACGGAGACGGACUGCUCAGAGCGCUGUAAGUGUAACGGUAACAACAACAUCACCUGCGAGCCGUGGCAGUGCAGCCCUGCACAGGAGUGUAAGGUUGUGGAGGGAGUCCUGGACUGCCACUCUACAGGUAAAGGAGUGUGUCAUGUGGCUGGAGAUCCUCACUACUACACCUUUGACGGUGUGAUGCACACGUUCAUGGGCACCUGCACUUACACUUUAGUGGAGGUGUGUAACACCACUAAAGUAACUCCUUUCAAGAUCGUGGCUAAAAACGAGGAGCGUGGUCAACCAGAGGCCUCCUACGUUCGCUCUGUCAAGGUCUACCUGCCCCAUGACACUGUGGUGGAGCUGCAGAAGAGCCGCCGAGUUUCGCUGAAUGGACGGCGGGUGAAAACGCCACUUUCCAUCGACUUGGCUGGAGCCAAGGUGAUAACCAGCGGAUCCUACAGUCUGCUGGACACCAACUUUGGACUGCAGGUGAAGUUCGACGGCGUCCAUCACUUGGAGAUCACGGUUCCUGGAGAAUACUUCAACAAGCUGUGCGGCAUGUGCGGGAACUACAACCACAACUCCUCAGAUGAAUACCUGAUGCCCAAUAAGAAACCAGCCAAGGAUGUGAUUGAACUGGGAAACAGCUGGAAAUCGGAUGGGGACAGUGAUCCUGGCUGCCAGCCUGACACGCGUCCAAACAUCCACCCCAACUGCACGGCGGAGGAAGAGAAGCUGUACGAAGCUCAGUGUGCCGGGGUCAUCCUCUCUGACCGCUUCAAGCCCUGCCACUCGCUGGUGCCCCCCGAGGCCUUCCUGGGUAACUGCAUCUACGACUUGUGCGAGUACGACGGCAUGCAGGCGACGCUCUGCGACAACGUUGAUGCGUACGCUCAGGCCUGCCAGAGCUCCGGAGUCACCAUCAGCUGGAGGAACAGCACCUUCUGUCCCGUGCCGUGCCCUGCCAACAGCCACUAUUCGGAUUGCACUCCCCCAUGCCCCCCCACCUGCUCCGACCUCUUCCCCAUCUUCUGCCACCUCCCCUCCACCACAUGUGUGGAGGGCUGCCAGUGUGACGGCGGCUACGUCCUCAGCGACAGCAAGUGUGUUCCUCUGGACAAGUGUGGCUGCCUGGGCUCAGACGGAGAAUACCAUGAAGUGGGAGACUCCUGGCUGACGGAUAAAUGUAUUAAUUCAUGUAGCUGCAAUCUUGGUGGCCAAAUCACGUGCAAGGACCACACCUGCAGUUCCAACUCAGUGUGUUCUCUGGACAAAUACGGAGACGUCUACUGCAAACCCACCAAUUUCGACAAGUGCAGCAUCUCCGGCGAUCCCCACCACCGAACAUUCGAUGGUUUCACCCAUCACUUCCAGGGCCCCUACACCUACGUCCUGACCCAGAGCCACAACCUGCAGAACUCCUUGACGCCCUUCGUGGUGAGGGGAAAGAACAUGAGACGCGGAGGCAACAGGAGGGUGUCGUUCCUGGAUCAGAUGUACAUUGACGUCUACGGCGUCAAUGUCCGCUUCCUGCAGAAGAAGAGCGUCCUGCUGAAUGGGGAGCGUGUUGCACCUCCACUCAGGCCGGUUGAUGGUUUGACCAUCACGAUGAACUCCAAGCAGGUCCAGCUCACCACCGACUUUGGACUCACUGUACGCUUCGAUGGCAACAUUCGCGGAGAGAUCAUACUGCCCAGCACCUAUAAGAACGCUGUCAGGGGUCUGUGUGGAAACUACGACGGCAUCACCAGAAACGAGUACAUGAAGCCGGAUGGAACGGUGGUCAGGGAUCUGAACAACUUUGGAGAGAGCUGGAGGGUCAGUGAGCGACAGGCGGAUGGACUGAGGAUCUUUAACCUUCAUCACACUGUGCACGCUCACAGGCGAGAGGUGGAGGCCGAUCCAGAUUCAGGGUUUGAGACAUCGGACUGCUCUCAGUCUGAGCUCAAUGGCUACAACAGCGUGGCUCAGUGUGGAGCGCUGUCUGACUCCAAGGGCCCGUUCGCUGCCUGCCAUGCCACGCUGCCUCCUAAAACCUACCAGGACGAUUGUGUGUUUGACCUUUGUGCUGAGAGUGGCAAUGCGGCGCUGCGUUGUGCCAGUUAUGAAGCGUACGCCGCCGCCUGUCAGGAGGCCGGAGUCAAACUGGAGCCUUGGCGGCAGCAGCUGGACUGCGUCCUGUCCUGCGAUGCCAACAGCACCUACUCCCCCUGCAUGUCACCUUGCCCCCCCUCAUGCGCCGACUUGGCGGCCCCCUCCGAGUGCGAGGCCACCUCCUGCAUGGAGGGGUGCCAGUGUGCCGCGGGCUUCGUCAUGAGCGAGGGGGUCUGCGUGCCGUACACACAGUGUGGCUGCAGCGUCCUCAACAGAUACUACACCCUCAAGGAGGAGUUUGUGACUGAGGACUGUUCCCAGGCUUGUGAGUGCACCAGCACCGGGGCCGUGUGCCGGCCCAAGACCUGCCAGAGCGGAUUUGUCUGCACCGUCUACGACUUCAAACGGGAGUGUUACAGAGCGAGUCCCUGCCUCAGCUACCCCUGUCUGAAUGGAGGCCAAUGCGCCGAUGCCAGCAACAACACGUACACCUGUCAGUGUGCCGAGGGCUUCGAGGGAGACAACUGCGAGGUCGAGAUAACACCAAGCGGAGGACUGGAAACCAAGUGGAUCAUCCUGAUAGCGGUGAUGGUCGCAGUGGUCGUCAUCAUCAUUGUGACCGCCGUCGCAUGCGCCUGCCGACAAAAGGCCAAGAAUCGCAAGGGAAACAUGGAAAGGCUCAGCUUGAAAUCAACAACUGUUUUGUACACAGACAUGGACAAAGAAAGAAAGGACAAAAUGACAACUAUGUGAAUACAAAAAGAAGCUUCUUCAGCAGAAUAUAAACCGUGUCAGAAAAGGAGGUUUCGUGAGAGUUUUGAAGAUUAUUGAUGUGCUUCGUAUGUUUAUGUUUUUAUUUUCUUAACUUGUGCUUUUUAAAGAUGUCAUUUUAGUCUGUUGUGCACGUUUAAAUGACCAGAAAAGUUAAAAUCUGUAUGUGUAUGCGUUGGUUUAUUUAUGGUAUUAAGUGCCAUGGUGUGAUGUCUCCGUUGAAAAGGGUUUUCAUUAAAACAGAUUAAUCU